AUGUCUUACAUUCAUCGGAUUCGUAGUACUAGAACUGUCACUCUUUUGAUCUUCUCAAUCUCAUUAAUCACUUUGGUACACUCAAUACCUAUUCAAGAAUCACAGUUCAGGAGUAAUAGUAUUCAACAUCCCUUAAAUCUGGACCCUACGAUUGCCGAUUUCCCAACCAUUCGUACCAUGGCCGAUAAUGCGGAUUCCGCACUCAUGUACCAGCAGCAAGCACAACUACAACACAUGCACAACUCUCAACAACUUUUAAGCAAGAGACAGUUUCCCUUACCACCGCCACCACCUAGACCACCAGGUAAUAAUCAACAAUUUAAUCAACAAUUCAAUCAGCAACAAUUCAAUCAACAAGGCAGGCCAAACAACAAUAAUGGGUUCAAUAAUAAUGGAUUCAAUAAUAAUGGGUUCAAUAACAAUGGGUUCAAUAAUAAUGGGUUCAAUAACAAUAGGUUUAAUAACAAUGGGUUUAAUAACAAUGGAUUCAAUAACAAUGGGUUCAAUAAUAAUGGAUUUAAUAAUCAACCACCACCUUUUGGUCAACCACCACCUUUUGGUCAACCACCACCCUUUGGUCUACCACCACCACCAAGAUUUUUUUAA